UGCAGCAGUUGAAUCGAUGAAAGGUUAGCGUUUGAAAACAUGUCGGAGAAGGGAGAGAUGGAUUUAACUGGUGCCAAGCAGAACACAGGUGUGUGGCUUGUCAAGGUGCCAAAAUACCUCUCUCAACAAUGGGCGAAAGCAGCUGGCAGAGGCGAGGUCGGGAAACUCCGAAUCUGCAAAAAAGGAAACCAAGGAAAACCAGAGGUUUCUUUCACUUUAAAUGAAGAGCUAACUGUGAUCGAAGGUUUAGAAGAUAAGGCUGUGUCGGCUCCCCGCGAUCAUCCCUUUACCAUGCAGUCUGUGGGGGGUCAGAUGUUGGCGGUCUUCACAGAAGCUUCAUCUGGCCAGUCAGAAGAAAGAUCUGAUGGCAGCAGCUCAGGUUCGGGGACGGGUCCAGAUAAAUUAGCCCUGGAAGGCGUGGUGGUGCAGAGAGCAGAGUGCAGACCCGCCGUCAGUGAAAGCUACAUGAAAUUAAAGAGGUUACAAAUCGAGGAGUCCUCCAAACCGGCCCGGCUGUCCCAGCAGCUGGACAAAGCAGUCACCAACAACUACAAACCCGUGGCCAACCAUGAGUACAACCGCGAGUACGAGAGGAAAAAGAAGGAGGAGGGAAAGCGAGCGAGAGCGGAGAAGCAGCAGGUGUUGGACAUGUUGUUUUCUGCCUUUGAGAAGCACCAGUACUACAACAUCAAGGACCUGGUGGACAUCACCAAACAGCCAGUGACGUACCUGAAGGAAAUCCUGCGGGACAUCGGCAUCUACAACGUGAAGGGAACUCACAAAAACACCUGGGAGCUGAAGCCAGAGUACAGACAUUACCAGGACGAGGAAAAGACUGACGAAUAGUUGCUUUUGGACAAUUUGCUUUAGUUUCUGUCCUUGAAAAAGUUUUCUUCUCCCGAGAGACGAACCAGAUGAGACUUAUGUUGGAGAUGAAAACCCACAAAACAUGGGACUCGGACUGGAAACCCUUGGAACCCAAACUAUAAUCCUUAGAAUUAUUUUUAAGGUGUUUUGGCAAAUUAGUGUUUUUGUUUAGGAUACCCCAUUCAGGAUGUGAUUGGUUUUAACCACAUUUGUGAAUUUCUGCUGAUCCAGCAUCACUAGUUUUAAAGAUUUAAUGUUUUGAAUAAAGGUUUUUUGGUAUUUUUCCCUCAAUCCUCAUUUACCUGUAAAGCACACUGUAGCACGGCGGUGGCCCCCAGAGCUCAGUUUAGCUGAGUUUUAAACGGGUUAUAAAAUUGAAAGCAAUUCAUUUACUACAUAAA